AUGGGAUAUGCGGCACAUGUUCUGGUCUCACCUCAGGGACACGGAGGAGGGGGUUUGGCUCUCUUCUGGAAUCAAGACAUCGAGAUCGAGAUCCUACACACCUGCAAGAACUUCAUAGAUACAAAGGUUAGUGCAGAAGGCAAAUAUUUCUAUAUUACAUUUGUGUAUGGAGAACCGGACACUACUCAAAGACAGCGAGUUUGGGACGAGAUAAGAGAACAAGUGGGAAGCAGAGCUGAACCUUGGUUAUUGACGGGAGACUUCAAUGAUAUCAUAGAUGCCUCAGAGAAAAGAGGAGGGCCACCACGACCUGAAGGAUCUUUUGUCGAGUUCAGAACCUUCAUGUCAGAAUGCGACCUGUAUGAUUUGAGAUACUCAGGUAACUUCCUAUCCUGGAGGGGACAGAGAAAUGAACAUUUGGUCAGAUGCAGACUAGAUAGAUCCAUGUCAAACAGUGCAUGGGCAGAAGAAUACCCAACUGGAAGAAGUGAAUACCUCCAGUUCGAAGGAUCAGACCACCGACCAAUCAUCACAAUCUUUGACCCCCUUGAAGAAGAAAAAGGGGUCUCAGACACAGUGGAGAAAAAGAUCAGUCGAUGCAGGAGUGCAAUCAUAAAAUGGAAUAAGGAAAAGCAUCAAAGUAGUCGGAAACUGAUAGAGGAGUACCGCACUAAACUGGAAGAGGCAAUGGUAAGUCCUCUCCACAAUCAGGCGCUGAUAACAAGCAUCAACAACGAACUGCAGACAGCGUACAAAGCAGAAGAGAGCUUCUGGAAACAAAGGAGUCGACAGUUGUGGCUUGCACUGGGAGAUAAGAACACGGAAUAUUUCCAUGCAGCAACAAAGGGGAGAAAAGCCGUCAAUAAAUUCUCAGUUAUUGUAGAUGAAGGGAACAACACAGUGUAUGAAGAGGAAAAAAUCACUGCAGUAAUAACGAAGUUCUACCAAGAAUUGUUUACCUCUCAGGAGGGAGAGUGCCAUGAAACAGUGAGAGAAGCGCUAGAACCAUGCAUUACGGAGGAGAUGAACGCCAGAUUGAUAGCAACCCCAACACCAGGAGAAAUACGAAUGGCAUGCUUCUCCAUUCACCCAGGGAAAGCCCCAGGACCGGACGGAUUCUCAGCCUGCUUCUUCCAGUCAAACUGGAACACGGUGAAAGAGAAAGUUAUCUGA